GCGAGACUGUAGUAGUGUAUGUGUGUGUGUGUGUGUGUCUGUGUCUGUGUAUGUGUUUCGGGCUCGGGAGAAGCCAGCGGCGAGGCUUUAGUCGGCUUACUACCCAGGUAGCUCCUCGCUGAGUGAGCAAAACCAACGUUCGAGCUACCCGAGGGGAGAGUCGAGGACUCGCCCGGUACCCGGGAGGGGCGAGGAGAGGAAACGAGCCGGGCGGCAGGGAGAGCGCACCGACUGCCCCAGUCGUGGCUGGGCUUCACCAAUAGGUUGUAGUUUUGUUUAAACUGAUCUAGGGUGUUCUGAAGGAAAUUACAAAGAAAAAGAAUUUCGAGAGCAAUAAAAUCGGCGAAUAUCGACAGCCUCGGCCAAAGAAAGUAGAGGGAGUGGAGUACCAGCGCCUCAAGGAAUAUUAAAUAGCACCGAAAUCCAAAGGAAGAAGAAGAAGCGCCGUGGAGGUGAAUCCGGCACCUCGUGAACGGGAAGCCCGCCCGCCCGCGGUGUGUCGCCGCUCGGAUGCUGCCUGUUAAAGGUCAGCGAAAGGUUAGUUUGCAAGAGGAGCGCUGGUCUGCCCCACAAGAAAAAGUUGAGACCUGACUAUUCAAUGCCAAGCCAUUUGCCUCAUCAGACAGUCUAGCAAAGGUCCAGGAAGUAGCAAGCUGGCUUUUGGAAAUGAACCAGGAACUGCUGUCUGGGGGCAGCAAGAGGCGCCGGCCGGGUGGCUCUGUGCAACGUAAUGCUUCCUCUAGUCGAGCUUCUCAUGAAGGUGAGGAAGAGGGUGAGGAAGAAGUGGUGGACAGAGUUGUGGAGGAGGAGACGCAUCAGGAAGGAAGGAGUGAGUCUUCAAGGCCUGAAAUUAGUAGCAGCAGUGGCAACAGUGAACUACCUGGAGGACAUAAUGUGAAUGGACUGGGCGAGAGUCUGUUGCAUGAAGCAGCGUCAUUAGGACAUGAGGAGGAGGAAGAAGAGGAUGAGGACGAGGAAGAGGAAGGACCUCACCUAGAAGAAAACAAUAAUGUCAGUCAUCACUCAGAGGAGGAGGAGGAAGAGGUAUUGGUUGGUCCAGGGGAACGGGAGAGAAUCUUCACUAUUAGAAGUGGAGAUGAGGUUGAAAUUGCAGAGGAGGAGGAAGAAGAGGAGGAGGAAGAGGAGGAAAUGGACCAAGACAGUGAUGAUUUUGACAGUAGUAGGGAAGAGGAUCAGCCAAUACAUAUUAACAAUGUUUCGGACACAAAUGAUAACCUGGACCUGUCAAUGGAGCAGCAGCAGCAACAGCAGCAGUCGCCUCUUUUCAAAACUGCACAGAUGAAGAGAAAGUUGGACCAUGGCCCCGAGGUCCGGUCUUUCUCUUCAGGAAAGAAGCCCUGUAAAGGUUCAGAGUAUACAAGCACUACAGGGCUCGUUCCACAUUCAGCCACCCCUACCACCUUUGGUGACUGGAGGGCAGCCAAUGGACAGGGGCAGCAGAGGCGCAGAAUCACAUCGAUCCAGCCACCUGCAGGACUUCAGGAAUGGCUUCGAACGUUUCAGAGCUGGAGUGGACCAGAGAAGCUGCUUGCUCUAGAUGAGCUUAUCGACAGUUGUGAGCCGACACAGGUGAAGCACAUGAUGCAAGUGAUCGAGCCACAGUUCCAACGAGACUUCAUUUCUCUUCUACCUAAAGAGCUUGCAUUGUAUGUCCUUUCAUUCCUUGAGCCCAAGGACCUGCUGCAAGCAGCGCAAACCUGCCGCUACUGGCGAAUCCUCGCAGAAGACAACCUGCUAUGGAGAGAGAAAUGCAGAGAAGAAGGUAUAGAUGAACCCCUUUAUAUUAAAAGGAGAAAAGUGAUCAAGCCUGGCUUCACACACAGUCCCUGGAAAAGUGCUUACAUUAGACAACAUAGAAUAGACACAAACUGGCGACGAGGAGAACUGAAAUCACCAAAGGUGCUUAAAGGUCAUGAUGAUCAUGUGAUCACGUGUCUACAGUUUUGCGGUAACAGAAUAGUCAGUGGUUCUGAUGACAAUACCCUUAAAGUUUGGUCUGCAGUAACAGGAAAGUGUUUAAGAACACUAGUUGGUCAUACUGGUGGUGUCUGGUCAUCUCAGAUGAGGGACAAUAUUAUAAUCAGUGGCUCAACAGACCGGACACUAAAAGUAUGGAAUGCUGAAACUGGGGAAUGUAUUCACACUUUAUAUGGGCAUACGUCUACUGUCCGUUGUAUGCAUCUUCAUGAAAAAAGAGUGGUGAGUGGGUCCCGGGAUGCUACGCUCAGAGUCUGGGACAUUGACUCAGGCCAGUGUUUACAUGUUCUAAUGGGUCAUGUUGCAGCAGUACGAUGUGUGCAGUAUGAUGGCAGGAGAGUGGUGAGCGGCGCAUAUGACUUCAUGGUCAAAGUAUGGGAUCCUGAGACAGAAACCUGUCUACAUACACUUCAGGGACACACCAACAGGGUCUAUUCGUUGCAGUUUGACGGCAUCCAUGUUGUAAGUGGCUCACUAGACACUUCUAUCAGAGUGUGGGAUGUGGAGACAGGAAACUGCAUUCACACGUUAACAGGGCAUCAGUCACUGACUAGUGGGAUGGAACUGAAAGACAACAUUUUGGUCUCUGGGAAUGCAGACUCUACUGUUAAAAUCUGGGAUAUCAAAACAGGACAGUGUUUGCAGACAUUGCAAGGCCCCCACAAACAUCAAAGUGCUGUGACCUGCCUUCAGUUUAACAAGAACUUUGUAAUUACCAGCUCAGAUGAUGGGACUGUGAAACUGUGGGACCUAAAAACGGGAGAGUUUAUCCGGAACUUGGUAACAUUGGAGAGUGGUGGCAGUGGUGGAGUAGUAUGGCGCAUCCGGGCAUCUAACACCAAAUUAGUGUGUGCAGUGGGCAGUCGCAAUGGCACAGAAGAGACCAAGCUGCUUGUGCUGGACUUUGAUGUGGAUAUGAAAUGAAGGACGAGAGUGAGAGUUACAGAGACGCACAGAUUUUGAAAUGUCUACGCAUUACACUUUACACACAUGCCCUACCCAUCAUCCCUGCCAAUACACACCCACUUCCAACUCUUCCCAUCCUACCCAGGUUUUGGGUUCUUGGUAAAAGAGGAGGGUGCUGGCCUGUGGAAAACAGAAUGCAGUGGUGAAGAGUUGUAGUCUGCUGCGGAAGACAACAGAAGAGGGAGUUCGUAUUUAUAACUGACAUGCACACUCUGUAUCUGUCAUCAUCACAAGAAAUUUCCUCUUCAGUUUAAGGGCACCUCAGCACAGAGAGACUUGUUCACUCAAGCCUGAUGCAACCGUUAUGUAUAUUUUUAUUUCCCAUAUAAACAGGAACCCAUUUUAUGGAUUCUUUGCUGCAUCAAGAUGUUAAAUAAAUCAACAAACAUUCAUGUAAAAUGUUUAUAGUGUAAAAUAAAAAGAGAGCUUAUCUACAAGAAAACAGAAGGACUGGUCAGCAGUCAAACCAGGAGGCAUUUGCCUCAGUUAUAUAUAUUUUUUGUUGUUUUUUUUUUUUUUCCCUUAUGUUUCCUGGUUUUUAAAAAAGAGAAAAUGUACUGUGAAUUUUUAGUUAUUUUGUACAUUUGAUCAAUACAAUGAAAUCUUUGCCUAAUGUUGCCAACAACAAUCAGUCACAGUAUUAACCUGUUUCUCUUUAUACUCUGUUUCUCUCUACUUGUGUGCGUUUUGGUUUUCUUUGUUGCUUUUCUUUCUAAUUCUGGGUUUAUUGCGCAAAUGUUUUUUUCUCACCCCCUCACCUUUUUUUUUUUUUUUCCUCUUCCUUUUUCCUUGUUCUUUCUUGUCAGUGUCUGGCUGGGUUAGUUCCUCAAUGCUGGUGCUAUGUAGGGGAGGGUGUGUCUCAAAGUUAACAGGAAUGGCAUCCCAUCCCUGAACUGUAUUCCCAGUGGCCAAACCUUAUUUAUGCUGCUAAAAAAGAUGUGUGUUUUUAAAAAAAAAAAAAAAAUGGUUGAGACUCCUAUUGCUGUGACGUUUUAGUCUCAGACUGAAUUCCAAAAUUACUCGUUUGGACUUUGCAAAAGAGAAACAAGAUAAAUAAAAUUUUGCCACUGAAACUUGAGCCAAAUGUGCCUCUAAGAGGCUUGAAAGUAAGGAUGUUUUGGGCAGACAGACAAAUGAAUUUGCAAGUAACAAAUAAACAAAAAAAAAAUCUAAUCUGUGUGUGCUUCGGAUUCAGAAAAAACAUGUAAACACAUUCCUUAGGACAAAGGUCUUUCAGCCUGUUCUCUGGGGAAAUUUUAUUGCUUUGUGGGUUGUGGUGUAUUUGCAAGGAAUGAAAAGGUGUUUUAUGUGUAUAUAAUAUGUAUACUGUAUGUAUAUGUAAAUAUAUACGAAUACAUGCACUAUUGUAGAUGCAUUCAUAGGUGUGUCUAUGUGUGUGUAUAAGUACAGUAUAUAUAGUGUGUGUAUGUAUGUACAGAGAGAUUAAAUAAAUAUAUAUGUAUAUGUACACACACAAAAAAGCAAAUACUGACAGAAUAUUUUUUAAUAAAUAAUGGAUUUAAGCCUUGCGGGUCAGUCUUAGUAUUAAAAGUAUUACAGAUGUUACAUAUGAUUUCUGCAAGCUACUGAAUGGACAGUGCAGUUAAAGUUGUUGUGUAAAUGCAAAGCACCAUGGGUAAAAAAAAACAGGAAAAGAGUAGCCAAAUGAUUUGCCUCAUUCUCCGAGAGCCACAUAACUCAAGCUGAACUGUGAAAGUGGUUUAACACUGUAUAUUAAAAAAGCUGUUUUUUCCUCUCCUCUCCUUAUUUCUGUUAAUUUAUAAUCUGGUUUAAGAAAUCAGAUUUCAAGGUGUUUUAAUUUCAUUUAAUGUAACUGCCUGACAUAACAGACAGAGAAACCUUAAAGGGAUUGUGUCUAUCAUUUGAUUCAUUUAGAAUUUUUAUUUUCUUAUAACUUAAGUGCAAUAAAAUGUGGGUUCUUCUUUCGUUUCAA